AUCUUAUUAUUUAUUUAUUAUUGUUUUCGAUAUUUUUGUUUUGAAAAACACGAAGUGGGAAAGGGAGAAGAGAGAGAGAGAGAGAGUUCGCCGAGUCUUCAAGUCUCGUGCAUGCAGUUUGUGGCUGGUUGCAGCUGUGUUGAUUCUUUGCAUGCACAUGUUUCUCCGCUGGAGCUCGAUUCUCGUCACUAAUCCACCGUCGCCGGCGCCUGACGCCGUCGCGAUCCGGCUAGGACGACUUCCGGCGACGCUUCGAUCGAAUUAAUCUUUCUAGCUGGAAGACGGAGAAGAGGAAGGGGAAACAGAGGCAUGCGCAGCCUCCUCAUGUUCGGGGAUGAUUAAGGCGCAUUAAUAAGUGAGUUGGAGAAGUCUUAAAGGGGAGAUACUAAUUAGGGCUUCUCGUUUCUCGGAUUUGGGUGUGGUUUGGUGAAGGUUUGAGCUUCGAGAAUGGCGUCGAAAGUCUGCAUGAAUGUCGUCUGCGGGGCGUCGGCGUCGAUCGAGUGGAGGAAAGGUUGGCCUCUGCGAUCUGGUGAAUUAGCUAAUCUAUGUGACAAGUGCGGGUCAGCUUUUGAGCGAAUGGUUUUCUGUGACAUGUUCCACUCAAAAGACUCUGGUUGGAGAGAAUGCACUUCAUGUGGCAAGCGUCUCCAUUGCGGAUGCAUUGUAUCCACAUCUUUAUUUGAGCUACUUGAUAGUGGUGGUGUGAAUUGUGUUAGCUGUGCAAAGAAUCCUGGACUUCACUUAAUUACAAGUGAUGAAAAGCCUAAUGGAUUUGGCACAUUGGCAGUAGAUAAUGUUGGUGAUCAACGGCCCUCUUUGGUGGACAAACAGGUUGAUGGUGGUACUGUUGGAAAGAUGACGCUUAUGCAUUUGGGCCAUGAUUUAGAUGGUACUGGGUUGAACUUGCUCCAACCUCAAAACAACGACACAAAUGGAAUUUGUGUGCAAAUGAAACAGGAGGAUCUUUUUCAUCCUUUUGGUGAAAAUGGAAACCCCUCUUUUUCAAAUCUAAACCAGGCAUCUAUUGGAUCAUCUCAAACUGCCAAACCUGAUAUUUGUAAAAAUAUGGGGGUUAAGGAUAUGUAUGAAUCAUUGGCACAGACAAACCUAAGUAUCACCCUUGCUGUUCCUUCAGGAAAUCCUAAUCCUUGUCCUGGUGCAGUUUCUGAAGAAAGAGAACAGAGUAAGACACCCUCUCCCUUUCAACAAGGGCCUAGGUCUCGUCAUCUUUUACCCAAGCCACCAAAGCCUGUCCUUGUCACAGGUUCGGAGCCAAAUAUGGGCGUGGCUCCACAGAUACGUGUUGCAAGACCACCUGCUGAGGGACGUGGGAGGAAUCAGCUUCUUCCUCGAUAUUGGCCCAGGAUUACAGACCAAGAAUUACAGCAAAUUUCUGGAGAUCCAAAUUCCACCAUUGUGCCAUUGUUUGAAAAGGUUCUGAGUGCUAGCGAUGCUGGUCGGAUUGGUCGUUUAGUUCUCCCGAAAGCAUGUGCUGAAGCAUAUUUUCCUCCUAUCUCUCAACCUGAGGGUCUGCCUCUGAGAAUUCAAGAUGUGAAGGGAAAGGAAUGGGUGUUUCAGUUCAGAUUUUGGCCAAAUAAUAACAGCAGGAUGUAUGUUUUAGAGGGUGUAACCCCUUGCAUUCAGUCCAUGCAGUUACAAGCUGGUGACACUGUAACAUUUAGCCGGAUGGAUCCUGAAGGAAAACUUAUCAUGGGAUUUCGAAAAGCAGCUAACUCUGUCAGCAUGCAGGACAACCAACUAUCUGCUGCUCCUAAUGGUGCUCAUUUGAGUGAAACUAUUUUUCCGGGUGCAAUUGAGAACCUAGCUAUAGUAAGCGGUUACUCUGGCCUUCUUCAUUCUCUGAAAGGAAGCACAGAUCCCCACCUAAAUGCAUUAUCCAAACAUUUAAGUUCAGCUAGUGGGGAUAUUAGCUGGAUUAAAAAUGAGAAGCAUGGCAGUCGAGCAGGGGAGGGCUUGCUGCUGCCAUCAUUUCUGGUUCCAGAAAGGAGAAGUCGAAAUAUUGGAUCCAAAAGCAAGAGGUUGGUAAUUGAUAUCCAAGAUGCUCUGGAGCUAAGACUAACAUGGGAAGAGGCACAAGAUUUGCUUCGUCCGCCUCCAAGUGUAAAGCCAAGCAUUGUCACGAUUGAGGAUCUUGACUUUGAGGAAUACGAAGAACCUCCAGUUUUUGGGAAGAAGAGCAUUUUCACAGCCCGUUCAUCUGGGGAACAAGAGCAAUGGGCACAAUGUGAUAGUUGCUCUAAAUGGCGUAGGUUGCCAGUUGAUAUUCUGCUCCCUCCAAAGUGGACGUGUGCUGACAACACUUGGGAUCAAAGCAGGUGCUCAUGUUCUGCACCAGAUGAAUUGAGCUCAAGGGAACUCGAAAAUCUUCUAAGACUGAACAAGGAGUUCAAAAGACGGAGACUUGCAACAAGCCGUAGGCCAACCCAGGAGCAUGAAUCUUCGGGCCUAGAGGCUUUGGCCAAUGCUGCAGUACUAGGGGACAAUGUGAGUGACCCAGGUGCCACAUCAGUUGCGCCCACUACCAAACACCCUAGGCAUCGCCCUGGCUGUUCAUGCAUUGUUUGCAUCCAGCCCCCCAGUGGGAAGGGGAAGCACAAGCCCACAUGCACAUGCAAUGUGUGUAUGACAGUCAAGCGACGUUUUAAAACCCUCAUGAUGCGGAAGAAGAAGCGUCAAUCAGAACGUGAAGCUGAGAUUGCUCAGAGGAAUCAGCACACAUGGGGUUCUAGGGAUGAAGCAGACAUAGACAAUGCCUCCAGACAUGUAACGUUGCAACUGGAGUCUUCAGAGAAUGAUGCCAGGUUGAUAAAUGAGUUGGAAUCAGGGGCUCAAAGUAACAACCUGUCCAACAACGUGGGUGACUCUGGAAAGGCACAAAUAGAUUUGAAUUGUCAGCCUGACCGGGAAGAGGAGUUGCUUGUCGGGAGAACUCGUAUGAGCAUGAUGAGCCUUCUACAAGUGGCGAGCCUUCCUUUGGAGACAUACCUGAAGCAGAAUGGUCUUACAAGCUUGAUUUCUGAACAAGCUAAUUCAGGUUCAAACGUGUUGCCACAAGGUGCUGGAGAGAGUGAGGGACAGCCUCAGGAGGACUGCCGCCCUAUUUCUACUGUUCAAGAGAGGGAGAGCGGGGGUGAUGAGGGGUGUCCUGUGCCAGAUCCAGGCGAGUAGGAUCCCGUUUGAAGGAAUUUCUCCCUUUCUUCCGCUCCACACCCCCCCCCCCCUCCCUCCUACUCCUAACCUUUCUCGGCCCUUGUUUUAACCCUUUUUUCCCACUAGCCUUUUCUUUCUAUGAUUACAAAUUUAUACGUCGUCCUUUCAGUUGGGUGGUAAUGUAUUUGUCAAUAGUCAAAGGAUGUGUCUUUUUAGUUGUCAUAGAAGGUGUAUUAUUAGUUGUGAUAUAAUGUGGUUCAGUGAAAAGAAAAAAAAAUUGUCAUAAAUGUGCAUUAUGUUCAUAUGAUGUUUUAAUUGACGAGACAUCAAAAUUUUAUGUCUCUAAUAGAA